AUAUAUUGAAGAUCUUUCCUAUUCUAUUUCUGACCCUUGAGUUGAUUCCCAAGCCGAAAUCCUUUGUCCCAAAAGGGAACUCCAGCAGCAGAAUCUCCCAAGUUUUGAACCCGCGAAGGUUUUACCACCCAUUAACACUCACAUUCUUACACUGUAAUAAAUAAUUUUGCUUGUAUAUUUUCGGUUAUAUUUUCAAUAAAGCAAAAAUUAAUUGCACAAGAAAAAGAUGGCGGGGAAGAACGAGAGUGAGAGUGGCGGCGACAAGCCCUUGGAUUUGUUUCUUAAGAUUGGUUUAGAUGAAAGGACUGCAAAAAACACUGUUGCUAAUAGUAAGGUCACUGCUAAUCUCACAGCCGUCAUUCACGAGGCUGCCGUAACUGAUGGUUGUGAUCGGACAGUUGGAAAUCUACUUUACACAGUCGCUACAAAAUUCCCUGCUAAUGCUCUUGUGCAUCGACCUACAUUGGUUAAAUAUAUUGUUUCAUCAAAGAUUAAGACUCCUGCUCAACUGGAAGCUGCCUUUUCAUUUGUUGCUGCUACUGCCUCUGAUAACUUGAGCGUUGUCGGUUUUGAAGCUGCAUGUGGUGUUGGGAUUGAGGUUUCUUUGGAAGAUAUUGAAAAUGCAGUUGAUGAGAUUUUUGAAGAGAACAAAGCUAUCAUUGUGGAGCAGCGCUAUCGAACAAACGUUGGUGAGCUGUUUGGUUAUGUGAGAAAGAAGCAGCCGUGGGCAGAUCCAAAGAUUGUCAAGCAAAUUAUUGAUAAAAAAUUGUAUGAGCUACUUGGUGAAAGAACGGCUGCAGACAACGAGAAGCCCACUAAAAAGAAAAAGGAGAAGCCAGCCAAAACAGAGGAUAAGUUUAUUAUUGAAGAGACAGCUCCACCAAAACCAUCUGAAGAAGAAAUUAAUCCAUUUUCAAUAUUUCCUUCGCCAGAUGAGAACUUUAAGGUUCAUACAGAAAUAUAUUUCAGUGAUCGUCCUGUGUUGAGGGCUUGCAAUUCAAAGGAAAUACUUGAUAAACACUUGAAGGUCACUGGAGGAAAAGUUUUUACCCGGUUUCCUCCUGAGCCAAAUGGAUAUCUGCAUAUCGGUCACGCCAAGGCUAUGUUUGUGGACUUUGGCCUGGCAAAAGAGAGAGGUGGAUGCUGCUACCUGAGGUAUGAUGAUACCAAUCCAGAAGCUGAAAAAAAAGAAUAUAUUGAUCACAUUGAAGAAAUUGUUGGAUGGAUGGGGUGGGAGCCCUUUAAGAUCACCUAUACUAGCAAUUAUUUCCAAGAACUCUAUGAGCUAGCAGUGGAACUUAUACGACGAGGUCAUGCAUAUGUUGAUCACCAGACACCUGAUGAGAUAAAAGAAUACAGAGAAAAGAAGAUGAACAGUCCCUGGAGAGAUAGACCAAUUGAAGAAUCUCUAAAAUUGUUUGAUGACAUGAAACGGGGAAUGAUCGAAGAAGGCAAAGCAACACUACGGAUGAAGCAGGACAUGCAGAGUGAUAAUUUCAAUAUGUAUGACCUCAUUGCUUACCGCAUCAAGUUCACGCCUCAUCCACACGCAGGAGACAAGUGGUGCAUCUACCCAAGUUAUGAUUAUGCUCAUUGCACUGUUGACUCCCUUGAAAAUGUUACUCAUUCGCUGUGUACACUUGAAUUUGAAACACGUCGAGCAUCAUACUACUGGUUAUUAGAUGCACUUGGCCUUUAUCAGCCUUAUGUAUGGGAAUAUUCAAGAUUGAAUAUUACCAACACGGUGAUGUCAAAGCGUAAGUUAAAUCGUCUUGUAACAGAAAAGUGGGUUGAUGGUUGGGAUGAUCCUCGUCUUAUGACUCUUGCUGGAUUGCGGCGUAGAGGGGUAACUGCAAGUUCCAUAAAUGCUUUUGUUCGAGGAAUUGGAAUAACUAGAAGUGACUGUAGUAUGAUACGUCUAGACCGCCUAGAGUACCAUAUCAGGGAGGAACUAAACAAAACAGCAGCUCGUACAAUGGUUGUGUUAAAUCCACUGAAGGUUGUCAUUACAAACAUGGAUGCCUCUAUAAUGGACCUUGAUGCGAAGAAAUGGCCUGAUGCUCCAGCUGAUGAUGCAUCCUCGUUUUAUAAGGUCCCCUUUUCUAAGGUUGUCUACAUUGAGCAAUCUGAUUUCCGGAUGAAAGAUUCUAAAGAUUACUAUGGACUUGCUCCUGGCAAAUCUGUCCUCUUGAGAUAUGCGUUUCCUAUUAAGUGCACGGAAGUAAUCUUAGGCGCCGACAACGAGACUAUUCUAGAAAUCCGUGCUGAGUAUGACCCAUUAAAGAAAACAAAGCCAAAGGGGGUUCUACACUGGGUCUCAGAAUCUUCACCGGGGGUUAAUCCACUUAAGGUCGAAGUCCGAUUAUUUGACAAACUCUUCAUUUCUGAG